AUGCUCGGCCUCUUCCGCUCAGCACUCACCGGCCUCGGCGCUCCCGCCGUCCGCACCGCCGGCCCGUCACGCGCCCAGCUCGCCCACCCUCUGCCCGCCGGAACGCAGGCGCGAUUCCGCGGCUCCCAGCUCAUGCCCAGGAGGAUCAAGUGGAAGAAGAGCGCAAAGGGACGACCGGCCCUGCCGACGGGCGGUUCCGUGAAGGGAACGACGCUGCAGUACGGCGGUUUCGGCAUCCGCCUCCUGGAGCAGGUGCGCCUGACUGCCGCGCAGCUCAAGUCGGCCCAGGCUGCGCUGAAGCGCAAGAUCAAGCCCGUCAAGGGCGCCGAGGUGCACCUGCGUGUCUUCCCCGACAUCCCUGUGUGCGUCAAGGGCAACGAGACGCGUAUGGGUAAGGGCAAGGGCACGUUCGAGUACUGGGCGUGCCGUGUGCCGGCCGGCCGUGUUGUGUUCGAGAUCGCAGGCGGCGGUAUCCGUGAGGAGAUCGCCAAGCAGGCCCUCAAGCUUGCCCAGGUCAAGAUGCCGGUGCAGACCGAGUUCAUCUCGACCGCCUCCCCCCGCCGCCUCGGCAACCUCGUUGGCGACUUUGACCGUCCCCCCGCCGCGCAGAAGGUUGUCCGCGGCCGCGAACUCACCACCCCCGGUACCCAGAGCCAGAUCGCGCGCGAGGCCAAGCAGGCCGCCGACGCCCAGGCCAAGGCUGAUCUCGAGGAGGCGUCCAAGAUUGCCCGUGUCUAA